AGCCCCAGCGCUCCGAGGCUCGGAGCGGCUCGAGGAGGCGGACAAGCCGAGGACCAUGGCGCGAGCCUAGCGCGAGCCAACCGGGCAUCAUCGUGCACGCGCUUAGUGGGGCAAGGGGGGCGCAGUGCACCCCCCCUCACCGGACAAAGAGGAUGGAGCACAUCAGAACACCUAAGGUGGAAAACGUACGUCUGAUCGACCGACUAACUCCCCGAAAGUCUGUUGUUGGAACGCUGUAUCUUUCUUCCACACACACCAUCUUUGUGGAGAACUCAGAUGCCCGCAAGGAAACAUGGGUCCUGCACAGCCUGGUGGGCAGUAUCGAGCGCCCCCCCACCACCCCGUCAGGCAGUACGCUCAUCAUUCGCUGCAAGAACGUGCAGGUGUACCAGCUGCUGCUCCCGCAGGAGAAGGACUGCAUGGACAUUCAGGCUUCACUGACACGCCUCUCUCGACCAGAGCGUUAUGGAGAGCUCUUCUGCUUCUCCUACCAGCCCAACAUGGACAAGGAGGAGCGUGAGAAGGCCUGGAGGUUUCUGGACUUGCGUGCAGAAUUUAACCGCAUGGGCAUCCCCAGCAACCUCUGGCACAUCACCCCCGCCAACCACGAGUACAGGGUGUGUGACACGUACCCGUCUGAGCUGUAUGUGCCGAAGUCAGCAACCCCUGCUAUUAUCGUGGGAAGUGCAAAGUUCAGAAGUCGCGGGAGACUCCCUGUUCUCUCCUACUUCCACAGAGACACUAGCGCCGCAGUGUGCCGCAGCAGUCAGCCGCUCUCCGGUUUCAGUGCUCGUUCUCCAGAGGAUGAGCAGAUGCUGCAGGCCAUCAUGAAGUCCAACCCGGCCAGCGAGUACAUGUACGUGGUGGACACUCGGCCAAAGCUGAACGCCGUGGCGAACCGCGCAGCAGGGAAAGGUUAUGAGAACGAGGAUCACUACACCAAUAUCAGACUGCACUUCAUCGGCAUCGAGAACAUUCACGUGAUGAGGAACAGUCAGCAGAAGCUCAUAGACGUGGGGGAUCUGCGGUCUCCCUCUAUGGGGGAUUUCCUGUGGGGGCUGGAGAACUCUGGCUGGCUCAAACACAUUAAAGCAGUGCUGGAUGCUGGUGUGUUCAUCGCCAAGGCUGUGGCGGAGGAGGGAGUGAGUGUCCUGGUGCACUGUUCGGAUGGCUGGGAUCGUACAGCUCAGGCCUGCUCUGUGGCCAGCGUGCUCUUAGAGCCGUACUACAGAACCAUCAAAGGACUCAUGGUGCUGAUAGAGAAAGACUGGGUAUCAUUUGGACACAAGUUCUCACAUAGGUAUGCUCACUUGGAUGGAGACCCCAAGGAGGUGUCGCCUGUGAUGGACCAGUUCCUGGAGUGUGUUUGGCAGCUGAUGGAGCAGUUCCCCUGCGCCUUCGAGUUCAAUGAGCGCUUCCUCUUACAGCUACACACACACAUCCACUCCUGCCAGUACGGCAACUUCAUCUGCAACAGCCAGAAAGAGAGGCGGGACCUGAGGAUAUGUGAACGAACUCACUCCGUAUGGCCUCACCUGUGGGAGAACAGAGUAGAGUACCUCAACCCCCUUUACCGAUCCGACCACGGCCAGAGCAAAGGAGUCCUGAGACCCAUCACCACUCCAUACUGCUUCAAGUUUUGGAAGGCCAUGUACAGUCCAGCAGAAAGGGGCGUGGCCUUGCGCCAGUCACCAUCUGACUGCUUGACCGCCGUGAGGGAGGAGUCACAGCAGCUGGAGGAGGAGCUUAGCUCUCACCAGGAGAGACUUGUUCAGCUGGUGGGGAGGAAGACGAGCACGGCGACGAGGAAGAGGAACGGAGUGACUGAGCGCCCGUACCGAACCAUCCCGAAGGAAAGUGAGCUCACAAGCCCUCAGGAUUACUUCGCCUGUGUUAGCCCCGCCCCCCGAGGGGAGAGCCACGCCCCAUCCUUCACACUCCCCCUGAAGUCUCCGGGGACGGCGGCGACGCCCAAGAGCAGCGACCCCGAUGAUCUCUCGGCCUGCAGCGAUAUCGAGUCGGGUGUGGCCGACCUCAGCAGCCACGCCUCCAGCGCCUGCGACGACACAAAGGACCCCGAUUCCGACGAGGCAGUUUACGCUAACGCCUGACAACAAACCAGAACUGGCACAUAAAAGGGAUCAUGGACCGUUAGUGUCUGUGGAUACACUAGGAACCACUGUUGUUGUUUUUUUUUAUUUAAAUCAUUUUAAAGACUUUAAAAUGUUUUAAUGUGUGAUACUACUGUAAACAUUUAUGAGCACAAACAAACACUUACCGCAGAGCAAAGCCGAAAAAAAGGGAAGAUUAGCCAAUAGGAACAUUCCUUCCCAUACCUCUUCUCCUAUUGGACGGGCUUGAAUUUCAGCUUAAAGGGACAUUCCUACCUAAAACUAGAAUUUAACAUAGUUAGUCAUAGUUAAAAUAAAAAUAAAUAAAAACUUUCCUUAAGAAAGUAUCCUCAAGUGCAGUGAUGAAACUGGCACUCAUUAGUUCCACCCCAGGUAAAGAAGAGCAAGAGUUACCUCUGUUGCACAGGAUAAGGUCAUCAGAGUUACUAGCCUCAGAAAUCCGCAAGUUAACAGUCCAUUUACAUUUUGGUUUGUUUAAUACUUUUUAAGUUACUACAUGAUUCUUUAUGGGUUUCUUCACAGUCUGGAUGACUUUAGUAUUCGUUUACAAUGUAGGAACAAAAAAAUUAGAAACAUUGAAUGAGAGGGUGUGUCUAAAACUUUGGACACUUUCAUAGCCACUAAUUAAGCAUUGUUGCUUUUUUAUUUAUUUCUUGUGACAAUUUUUCAGGUUUUGGGGGGUUUUCUUUAAUUUAUUUAAGAGAGCACUGUACUUAAAACAAGGGGUAAGGGUAUAAAUGAGAAAUGGGAUUGGGCCUUAGCUGUUUGUCUUUCUCCCUGUGUCUGAAACACAAGAAAUGCUGACUAGAUGUCUUGUAGAUCACUUUGAAGGCAGAACAGUGAGUGAUUCAGUUUCUAUAUCUGAAUCGAAAUAUAAAACAUAGAUACUGACACCGCCACGGUAUGGACAGCUCACUGUUAGAAUUUUUGACCAAUAAAUCAGAAGGCUAGAUUACUAAACUUGAAUUCAGACAUGAGCAGGAGUGAUUGGCUGCCUUCCUGCCUCAUGAAUCCUGUCUGAGUAGACAGCAUUUCUUAUGUUUCAGACACAGCCAUUGCGUAAGCCAUAGUGUUAGCUUGACAGAAUUCACCAUUUUGUGUCCUUCCUUCUUUCUGUGUCAUCUCACUACAAUACCCAGCAUGCAUCAUCAAAACAAUGUCAUACUUAUACAAGUUCAACAUAAGACAAACGUUAAAAUCCCCUCACUCAUGACAAGGCUAAUGAAUACAGGAUAUUUCCUGUAGCUUCCUAGCAGUAAUGUUGUCUAUCUGGUUCCCAUCUUCAUUAAUCAGCCAGCUGAAAAAAGUCUCGGCACUUUUAGAAGCUAAAAAUGUUUGUUAGACGUUUUAGGCACUUUAGCUGUUUUACAAAACAUAACGUUCAUUCUUUCUGGAGUCCUGGAGUACCACCUUUUUCUGCACAACUUCCAGCUCUAACACGACCUACAACUCUGGAAAGAUAAGAAGUUUGUUUUCUUAAUAUCGUCUUUCCCAAAGAUCAAUAAGUUUGCGUUUACAUGCCCUUCAUAAUCUGAUUACUGCAGAUUAACACCAGAGUUUGUCCUUAAUCCAACUAUUUGUCCGUCAUUUUCACAUAUUCCCAGUUAGACUAAUACUAACCUCACAGAAACGUUCAAAGUUACAUUAUCAAAACUUAAGGAAGUGACGUCGCAGCAACGUUAACAGAGUGUUAAAAAACAUUAAAAUAAAAGCGAUCAAGGACAUCUAGAAAACUUGAGAUAGAACAUUUUUAAAAUGUUAACAGUAACCUUAAGAAAACAUUCUACUAACCAAAAAAUGUUAGCUGAGUACCAGUAUUCAUUUAACUGGCCACCAUAAUUAAGUUCCUGUAAGACUACUAUAAGUGUUGCUGUGCAAUACUUUCAGAUGGGUGGUUUAUUUAUUACUCUAAAGGUUUUAUUUUAUGUUUUAAACCUGAAGUUUAUGUUUAAUUUAGUAAGACACACUCCCAGGGUUGCAGUGCAAAGACUGAUCUGACUAUAUUCUGAGGGUACAGCUCCCAAUAUUACCUUAGAUACAGCUCUGGAAAAAAUUAAGACACCAGUUUCUGAAUCAGUUUCUCUGAUUUUGCUAUUUAUAGGUGUAAAAUUAAUGAAAAUGAAAAAAGGUGCAGAGCUUUCAGACUCAAAUAAUGCAAAGAAAACAAGUUCAUAUUUAAAAAGUUUUAAGAGUUCAGAAAUUAAUAUUUGGUGGAAUAACCCUGGUGGUUUCUAAUCACAGUUUUUAUGCACCGUGGCAUCAUGUUCUCCUCCACCAGUCUUACACACUGCUUUUGGAUAACUUUACGCUGCUUUACUCCAGGUGCAAAAAUUCAAGCAGUUCAGUUUGGUUUGAUGGCUUGUGAUCAUCCACUUUUGAUUUUAUUCUAGAGGUUUUCGAUUUGAUAAAAUCAAAGAGAAUCAUAAUUUUUAAGUGGUCUCCUUCUUUUUUCCCCAGAGCUAUAUCUAGGAAAAUUCAACAACUGAAGAAAAAAACAGGUCAAAUAAUUUAUACAGAACAAUACUUUUGAGGAGGUGAUCAAAUUGCAAAUGCAGGAAUGAUGAAAAAUAGGCAAAAAUAAUGAUAACCUGUGAUAAACAGUGCUUAGUACUUGGCCAAAUGUUCAAUUUUGUUUGUUUUCAGCCACAAAUGUUUAUUUUAGUCCAUCCCAACUACAUAAUGUGCUCUAAAUUCAAAACUGUGGAAUUACGUGCUACAAUUCUUUAUUAGAAUAGUAGGGCAUGGAGUAAAUGUAAGUGGCUAGCUUUAAUAAAUCAGUGGAAUCUGAAAUGUGGAGUUUUUCCUCAGGAUUUAUGUUUUAGCAUUGCUAGAAUUUCAUUUCCCUGUUAUGUACCGUGUUAUAUCCUGUCAUAUUUCCAAAACGCACCGGAUUUGUUAAUAAAGGGAGGCUACACUGCAGUAGCGAGGUGAAUAAA